AUGCUCACAUUCGCAUUGAAUACUACUGCUGGUGGCUUCAAUAGACAGUGUCUCCAGUAUAAGGUCGAGGUUUUGGCCUCCCUUCGUCAACGCAUGACCUCUUCGGAGACCGCUACUACGGAGUCGACGCUAGGCGCCAUUUUGCUCCUCGCUGGUGUAGAGGCUCGGAUUGGAAUGCCUUGUCAGGUUCAACUUCAUAUGGGGGCAAUAUAUAAGCUUCUUGACAUUUGUCAAAGGAAAGGUGUCUAUUUGAGCGACGGCAUCAAACAUUUGAAUGCCUCGGUCAUGACAGGGUCUGGUAGAUUCAUCGAUCACACAACCUUUCCUGAGCUUCAAUGGAAAAGAGAUCCUUUCUCUCCAAAGUUGUUUACCCUGCCAUCUGGAUUUCAACCACAGGCUCAUCUAUUGGGUGAGGAAUUCGUCGAAGUGCUGAAAGACGUUUUUGCAUUGCAAUGCAUCCGCGACUCUACCUUUUUCGGCAAAGAAGAUGUGAUAACGAUAUCUUAUAUUGACAACCACCAAGCGUCAAUCCAACCAAGGCUUGUGAGUUUGCCAACGGUCUCGCUUGUCUCAGAUUUUUGUCAUUUAGCAGCAUAUCUAUGCUUAACAAUGCUGCGCUGCAAAACUUGGCGUACCUCGACCAUUCCCCUUCUUCAUAAGCUUCAACAGGCGAUCGAUGAUCUCGUCUGGAAUGAUCGGCCUGAUUUGUUAGCAUGGCUUUUGCACAUUGGUGGAGCCCUUGCCCCCAGCGGGGCUAUAAGGUCCGUUUACGUGGAAAUAUUGCAAUCAGAGCAUGGAAGCAGGCUUCAAGAUCUAUAUAAAUCAUGGCCAGAAUUACUUGAACUUCUCAGGCAGUUCAUUUGGUCAGACAAGGCAUCCAAGUCACAAGUCAAGGCAUUUUGGAAUGAAAGUCUUGUUUGGACUACUCACCUUUAUUUUCGGCUCACUCAAAGCUUUUCUUUACGUGAGUGGAAGUUUGGAAAGACUUUAAAUAGCAGCUGA